AUUUAAAUUUUGAUCUUUUUGUAAUUUGUAUUUUUCAAUUGUAGGUGUCAGAGCCCUUGGUUUGAGUUCUUCGCUUGGUGGAUGGGGAUAAAACCCCAAUGGGAUAUCUUUAUGAGGCCAUGGAUAGGGCCAAAGAGUCUAUCAAAAAUUACUACAAGGGGGAUAGGCUCAAAUUUGAUCCCAUUUGGGAAAUUGUUGAUAGGAGGUGGAACAAUCAGCUCCACCAACCCAUUCAUGCAGCAGGGUACUUCCUCAACCCUCGUUUUAGGUUCGGGGGUUCUUACUCAGAUUCGAAUGGAGAAGUCAUGGAGGGCCUCAGUACAUGCAUUGAGAGGAUGGUACCUGAUGUUGAGGAGAGAGACCUCAUUGUGAGUGAGCUCCAAAAUUAUGAGGGAGGAAGGGGUAAGCUAUUCUCUUCAGAGCUGGCUAGGAGAGGAAGAACCACUCAAACCCCAGAUGCUUGGUGGCAAAAUUGGGGUGGAAACACCCCACAUCUCAAAAAAUUUGCCCUCAGAGUCUUAUGUCAGCCUUGCAGUUCAUCCAAUUGUGAGCGCAAUUGGAGCUUGUUUGAAGCAAUCCACACGAAGAAGAGGAGCAAGUUAGCGCAGAAACGGCUCAAUGACCUUGUCUACGUGCAAUAUAAUCUUCGAUUGCGCGUAAAGAAGGUAGAGGAACUAGAAGGUGGUCCAAUUGACUUGGAUGAUAUAGAUCCUUACAGUGAUUGGACAUCACAGGAGCAGCCUCCAUUGUUUUCCGACACUGACAUCACUGAUUUGGAGAGGCAGGCUAUGGAGUAGGGGGGUGGAUUUGG